AUGACGCUGAGGGCCGCGAUCGAGCUGGACGUGCUCGAUAUCAUGGCGGAAGCCGGGCCGGACGCGCGGCUCUGGCCGGAAGAGAUCGCGUCGAAGAUUCAAACCAACAACCCGGAUGCCCAUGAGGUGCUAGACAGAAUGCUUCGGUUCUUGGCGGCGCACAAAGUGGUGACUUGCGAGGUGGUGGUGGGAGAGGAGGAUGGAAAGAGCAAGAGGCGCUAUGGAUUGGGCCCGGUUUGCAAGUACUUCACUAAGAAUAAGGGUGAUGGAUCUGUGGCUCCAAUGGUGCUCAAGAAUCAACACCCCAUCUUCGUCGAGGCAUGGGCAAAUAUCAAGCAUGCCGUGUUGGAUGGGAGUGUCCCAUUAAUAAAGGCUCAUGGAAUGACAAUUUAUGAGCAUGAGGACAAAGACCCCCCAUUUCAAUUUCACUCUGAGCGGUCAAAUCUACUAGGACAUGAUCAGAUCAUCUUCUCCGAGAGCGGAGUAGCGACCCGCUCAAUUGAAGCCAAGACAUCAAGCCUUCGUAUCUUGUACAAGCAGACGCGUACAUGCGGAGACAGUCUCUCGGUAGGCCGGUUAUGGUACCGAGACAUCCCCGGGCGGAUGAACAGUGAUUAUCUGGCGCUGUUGACAGGCGGGAGACACAUUAUAGCCAAUGGGGAGCAUGGAUGGAUGUCGGGACCCGACAAAUAUGAACGAGUGGAGUUUGUAGGUGGAGACAUGUUUGAAAGUGUCCCAACUGGUGAUGGCAUCUUCAUGAAGUGCGACAAGAAAUCACAGACGGCGUUGUUCUCCAGGAUUCAACAAUCAGGUUCUCUGGUCGCGCACCAGAAUAGAGAAACCAACGAGCACUCAGAUUUAUGA